UGAUAAUGCUGGUUAUAAUUACUUUACUUUUGUGUUUUUUGUGAAUGUGCUUGUUGUGAGGAUGCAGUAAUACAGCUGUAAUAGUGUCACGUAUUACAAAAAAGUUUUAUGAAUAAAGAUAAAAAUGUUGAUAUUGAUGGGAUCUCCCGCCUUGAGAUCGGCGUCUAUUCAGGUCGCCGUGAGUGUGUUGGCCAACUGGGGCAUGCUAAACACCGGCAUGUCUAUGGCAUUCCCUUCCGCGGUGGUACCACCAUUACUGGGCUCUGCUCCUGGCCUACAUGCAUCCGUGGAUGAAGCUUCUUGGAUAGCCAGCAUGUCUAUGAUGACAGCGACGUUUGCGUGCCCGGUGUCCGGCCAGCUGAUAGACAGGAUCGGCCGGCGCAAGGGUCUGAUACUGCUGAGUCUCUUGGCUGCCAUAGGCUGGCUGCUAAUGGCAGUUAUCUCACAGACCCUGUACGCCCUGUAUGCCGGCAGACUUUUCACUGGCUUCGCGACAGGCAUGGCCUCCAGUAUCUCUGCGGUCUACACCUCUGAGGUCACCGUUGUCUCUCUCCGCACCACUCUGGUCAGCUUCUCUCCGAUCAUGUUGGCUGCUGGAGUCUAUCUCGUGUAUAUCUGGAUAUUGUUCUAUCAGAACUCCUGGGUCGAGGUCUCGUAUUUCGCAUUUGGAUUGAGUAUGAUAUCAUUGGUACUGACGCCGCUGCUGCCAGAGAGCCCGAUGUGGCUGCUGAGCGGAGGCCGUGCUGAGGAAGCUCUGCAGGCUCUGCAGAGACUGCGAGGAGCGUCAGCCCCCGAGCAGGUCAAGGAGGAGCUGGACAGCUUCAGCGGCAGAGCGAGCGACAGGCAGCAGACAACCUCCUGGCUCUCCGCCUUCCACAAACUGCAGAGGCCUCAAAGCUACAAGCCGCUCCUUAUAAUGCUUACGUACUUUCUCUUCCAACAAAUGUCUGGUGUAACGCUAGUUUUAGUUUAUGCAGUGGACUUUGCUCGAGACGCCGGGAUCAUGGCUGAAGCCUACUACAUAGCGUUAGCUAUGUCCUCUGCUCGCAUGCUCGGUACUUUUCUCGCAAUCUGGAUCUGUAGCUUGUGGGGUAGGAGACUCCCUGCUGUACUCUCUGGAACCAUCAUGAGUGUGUCCAUGUCGGGCUUGGCGCUAUCGGUCUCCCCGUUCUUGUCACUGCCGUUGUGGUUGGUCUCCGCCCUCUCUGUCACCUUCGUGACCUCCAGUGCCAUAGGCUUUGCUGCCCUACCCUUGUCUAUGACUGGCGAGGUUUUCCCGACAGAUGUGCGAGGGGUAUGCAGUGGGUUAACGUCAUGUCUGGGAUUCUUUGCAACCUUCGUAGUCGUGAAGAUAUAUCCCGGUACGGUGAGAGCUGUAGGUGCAUUUCCUGUUUUUGUGUUUUUCGCUGCUUCAGGAAUAAUGGGAACAAUCUUUCUCUACGUGUUUCUUCCAGAAACACAUGGGAAGACGCUUCUUCAGAUAGAGAAUUAUUUUAAAGGCACUUCAAAACAGAAGACGCAUAUUUAGGUAACCGAUAAUAAGGAACAAUUUUUCCAAAAAUAGAUUCGUCAUAGUGCUGGCCUGGACGAGCAGUAUUUAUUAAAAUUGUAAAUGGAAUUUUUUAUGUUUAUAAUAAAGAAGUACGUACAAUAUUUGGA